AUGCAUAAUAUAGAUUUGGGAGUCGAAAUGAGCAAGCGUGUAGUAGGCGAUUUGGAGGGCGGUUUUGGAAGGCAAUUGGUCGAAUCCGACGAAAUGGUAGAAACCGCUUUAUUUGGUCGACGCUUCGACUAUCUCGUCGUCUUCAAGGACAUGAAAGCAAUUCGGGCUCCUGAUCUGUGGCUUACCCGACCGCCUAAACGCGCUAGCCCAGUUGCAACAGCGCCAACGCCAACGCUGCCGCCCCACUCGAUUCGGUGA